UACACUCCAUACCAGUAGGUGGCAGUAAAGUACUGCAAACCGCAUCUAACACCCAGAAAGAGGAGGAAGAAGAAGAAAAUCAAAUUGACAGCGCCUUUUUCCCUUGCUCGGCUAUUUGCUACAUUUUCAUUUAUGCUUUGAACUUCCAGAAGGAAAUGUUUUUAACGGACGGUAUGGCACAAUCUAUGCGAAAUAUGCUAGAAGCAAACACCGCCAAGUUUAAGAGCUCUCUGGACCGAAUCGCUGAAAAGUAUUCAAAACUCAAGGAUGAGGACGACGUACUAGAGGUGGAUAUCAACCAAAUUGGACUUAAAACUCUUUCAAAGUAUUUAGCACAGUCCAGAGACCACUUUGAAAAGUCACUGUCAAAGAUCCAGGUAGAUGUAAGCGAUCGCUCCUUAAACCGAAGUGUCACAGCACAUUCUCAGUUAAAUUUGUCAUGUAACGCUGAUGAAGUGCAGGACGGCAGUGAACAUGCUAAUGAGGACAGCGCAGAGGGAGCGCUCAGGUCAUUGGAUGACACAUGGAGGAACCCGUCAGAGAGCGAGCUCCUGCCAGAGGACCAAGACGAAGAGCUGCAGAUGUCUCUGAGCAGUCGGUCCAACUCCCUGGCCGAGCUCUACCCAACGAUGGUUAGUCGGAUAGAAAGAGCCUGGCAUCGACAGACCGUCUCCACGGCCGCCAGCUCCGUACUGAGGCGGUACCGCCGGUGGAGGCAGCAGUCUAAGAGACUCAACACCACCUUUGACAUCACAGCAAGACCCAAUGACAACCACCUGAAACCGUCAGCCAGUAAGAGGCUUCUCCGAGAGGACUCGGGCAGACCUGCAGAGAGGAUGUGGACUGAGACGAUACCUCGUCCUCGUCCUGUCCCCUUGACACUGGCGAGCCUGCGUAAUGAACGACAGUCUCCUGGCAGGGAGAGGGGAUUGCUGAUUGCGGACACCCAACGUCGCAUUAGGGUAAUGGACUUCUCUGACACCGCUAAGUCACAAGAGAUGUCGCUGAACGAGGCUUUCACUGUGUCCGAGUAUUCCCCUCGUAAACAAACCCACCUUGCUGACCAGAUCCCCAUCAGUGCCUUAUCAACUCCCUUCAGCAGUGCCAAAUCAUCUCCAGAUCCGUCCUUCAGGCAUAGGAGACUUUCCGUUUCCUCAGAUCGAGCAGAGGUCUCAGCAGCAGACACUUUAUCUGUGCCAGAGAGGCCCGAUAUCUACAGAACCCCGGUCCAUCACAGUCCCUUCAAGACAAGAACGGCCAGCGCCCUCAGUCGGUCUCCUCUUGCAUUUUCCAGAAGAAAAUACGAUGAUUGGUCAAGAGAACCGAUAAAGAUUAGAUCACGCUCCACUUCCAUGUCCCCUCCUUCCAAGAGGCCUGUUGUGCUGGUGAAGAUGGUUGAUCCCCAAGACUCCACUCAGUCACCCCAGCAACGGCCCAGCUUGCCUUUGCCGGCCCGGGCGGAGUCUAGCCACCGCGGGUUCAGACGGAACCUCUCCUACGACUCUUCUCUGCCACGCCACGCCUACCAACCACCAAAGAAAGUCGAGGAGGACUACCUGAGGGUUUACCACAAGUAUGUGUGCCUGAACAAAUCUGCUCCCUUCGAUGCCCUUCCUUGCCGUCAGUGUGGAAGAAGCUUGGAGGCCGGGAGGACCGCAUCCUUCACAUCGUUGGCAGCGCUCGCCUUGUCGCCCCACCGCUCCAUCCUGAGGAAGCGCCACAGGGAGCAGAGGUGUGACGGCCACCCGCAGUCCAAACGCCUCAGGUACGAGAACUACGCCUACUCCCCGGGGUCCAAGCGGCACAGCGAUGAAAUGCUGAGACGCUGCCAGUCGCCCCCUCCCAGCGCCAUCCCUUACAGCCCCAGUAAACACAGAUCCCAGGAGUCUACAGCGUACCUGGAGGCCUGGAUUGACCGGCACGAGCGCCUCUUCUCUUCUCCGGGAGGUCGACUUGAGAAUGAUGCAUGUGACGGCUUCUCUCCCAGAAACUGGAGAUAAAUCGAGAUGAACAAGAACACGCCUACAGUUGGCUCCUGUGCAGAAGAACCGUUUUCAGAUCCAGUUGAAUUAUGUUUUGUAGUGAAUGUAGUGUGGCUUUCUUUUUGGAUCAUAGUUGAAUCUAAAGCAUUCUGAAUCCUUAUUGCCAAUUGCUUGUUACAUAUAAAGCACACAUUGUUAAUCUCAUUGUUGAUGUUUUUAUGUUUGCCUUUAUUAAAG